AUUAAAGCAAAUUCGAAUAUUUUUUAAACGUCUCAUAUUCUCAUUGUAAAUUUUUAAAAUUGAAGUCAUGUGACCUGAGCAGAAAAUUUGAAUCACCGUCACGUCACUAGCGUGUUUCCAUGGUUUGAAUUUAUACUACAUAAAUUUUUGAGUUUAAAAUGGGCGUUAUUUGUAGUAAUGUGAAAAUUAAAUCAUUUAGAAACAAUAAGCAUUCUGUAAAGCUAGAGGAUUCAUUGAAAGCACUCAACGUUCCUGUUAUAUUUGUUAUAGGUGGGCCAGGAUCUGGUAAAGGUACGCAAUGUGCACAGAUAGUGGAAAAAUACGGAUAUACACAUUUAUCGACGGGAGAUUUGUUGAGGGAAGAAGUCGGUUCUGGUUCUGACAGAGGGAAGAUGUUGAAUGAAAUUAUGCAAAAGGGAGAAUUAGUCCCUCUUGAGCAAGUGUUAUUACUUCUGAAAGAUGCUAUUGUGAAACGUUUAAAUACAUCAAAGGGUUUCUUAAUAGACGGUUAUCCAAGAGAAGUGGACCAAGCUAUACAAUUUGAAAAAGAAGUAUGCAAAUGCGCUUAUUUGUUAUUUUUUGAUGUUUCUGACGAUACGAUGACACAAAGAUUAUUAAAAAGAGGUGAAACUAGUGGCAGAGUGGAUGAUAAUGAAGAAACCAUUAGAAGUCGGCUGAAAACAUUUCACUCACAUACUCAACCGAUUUUAGAUUAUUUUGGCGAAAAAGUUAAAAAGGUAAGUUUAUUUAUUUUGAAAUAAGAGAUUUAUUUUUCG